ACACCAAGUGACUGAGCUGCCUCAUGUUUAUCUCAGAGUGCUCAUGGCUGUCCCCGGCACACAGCAAAGCAGCGAGAUCACCUCGUCACCUGCUAUGGGAAUCUAGCUGUCAGUUGGUUAUUUUGCUUCUUCUACCCAUGUUUUGUUCAGUAUAAUCAUUCUGGAGCUAGAAUGAAGACCUUGGUGCAAAUAUUUGUGCUUCCGUUGAUUCUAGUUACCUCAGCUUACAGCACACAGAAAGCACCUCGUAUCAUCACUUUGCUAGAAACAGUGGAUGUACUUCUGGAUCACAACGCCACCUUCAUCUGUGAGGUGGAGUCAAGCCCUAGCGCUUCUAUUACAUGGACCAAAAAUAAUCAGCCAAUCAUGUACUAUGACAGUCGAUACUUUACUAAGGAACAGGGCCAAAUAUUGAUCAUCCCUCACGUGAAAGACUCAGACAACGGGGAGUACUGCUGCAUUGCCAGUAAUGGCAUUGGAGAAGCUGCAAGGAGUUGCGGAGCACUUCAACUGAAAAUGAAGCCACAGAUCAAACGGCAACCUACCAAUGUAACUUUACUGAUAGAGUCUAAAGCAGUGCUGCCCUGUGUUACACUUGGAAACCCCAAACCAGAUAUCACUUGGCUUAAGGAUGAUGAGCUUAUCAAGAUCAGUGACCGCAUUACCAUUCUUGAUUAUGGGGCACUGAAAAUUCACAGGAUCCAGAAGGAGGAUGCAGGGGUAUACCGUUGUGUGGCCAGGAAUAGCUUUGGUUUGGCAUUUUCAAAGCCUGUCACCAUUGAAGUACAAACUCCAGCACGACUCCUGCGUUUUCCAAAAGAGAAAAGAGCAGAUUAUGGGAGCCAGGUAACCUUGGAGUGCAAUGCCACUGGAAAUCCUAUUCCCACCAUCACCUGGCUUGAAAAUGGGAAUGUUGUGUCUGGUGCCUCAGUGGAGGAAACCCUGGUGGGAGAUGUAAUACUGUCUGUUCUUAAAGUAACAGCAACUAAGUCAGCUUUGUACACGUGUGUGGCUUCCAACAAGCACAACAGUGGAACAAAUACUGUCAAAAAAAGUGCCACAGUCAUUGUUACAGACUGGAGACAUCAUCAACAACAGAUACCAGGCAAGCAAAAAGCCAUCACAGGCUACUGCAGCGCAUAUCGUGGAGACGUAUGUCGCAGAAUUCUCCAAGAAGAUUCCCUGGUUUUCUUCAACUCCUCCCUACUGGACCCCGAGGAGAUGCAGGAAUACCUGGUUCAGAGCUGGUUGGCUGAACUGGAAGGCCUCAGCGGGCUGUGUAGCCCAGCUGCACGUUCACUGCUGUGCCACUCUGCCUUCCCUGAAUGCAACCCAUCAGGUGUGGGAUCUACACCUAAACCGGUCUGCAGAGAACACUGCCUGGCAGUGAAGGAGCUCUACUGCCAUAAGGAGUGGUUGACACUGCAGGGGACUGGUUUGGUCGAAGCUGGACUUCUGAGUUCAGUCACAGGGUCCCAAACUUUCACUUCACUCUUACCCAAUUGUCAGGCCUUACCAAGUCUCCGCACUGAUGCCAAUGGCUGUACAUAUAUUCCCUUUGUAGAUUUACAAAAAGAUCAGAUAACAAAAACAUGUUACAACGGCAGAGGUCGUUUCUACCAAGGCAGUGUCAAUAUGACAAGAUCUGGAAUACAGUGUCAACCAUGGAACCAACAGAUUCCCCACCAGCACCGUCUAUCUGUGGAUGUCAUUCCAGAGUUGAUGAACGCAGAUAACUACUGUAGAAAUCCUGGAGGAAUCAGCGACAAACCCUGGUGUUACACCUCAGAUCCUAAUAUACGCUGGGAGUACUGUGCUGUGCCCCAGUGUGGGCAGACAAACACAGCUCCAGUUAAGAAGCCGGAGCUGAUAGUGCCUGAUCAGAUUCCUCGUCCCCCUCCCACAUCGACAUCAUCAUCGCCUGCCUACUCAAUGUCUGUCAUUGUUAUUGUCCUGACCUCAAUGGCAACUGCAGUCUUUCUCACAAUUAUCAUCCUUGGCUGCCACAGGCGACGGAAGCAUUGGAGGAACCGCAAGAGAAGAGAGAUUGGAACCGCAAAAUUGAGUGCUCUUCCAUCUGAACUGUUGUUGGAUAGACUCCAUCCCAAUCCCAUGUACCAGAGAGUUCCUUUGCUUCUGAACUCAAAGCUGCUGGCCCUCGAGUACCCGCGAAACAACAUCCAAUAUGUCAGAGAUAUUGGGGAAGGAGCUUUUGGACGCGUUUUUCAAGCCAGAGCACCGGGCCUCCUGCCGACGGAGCCUUUUACGAUGGUGGCUGUGAAGAUGCUGAAAGAGGAGGCUUCUGCCGAUAUGCAGAACGACUUUCAGAGGGAGGCAGCGCUUAUGGCCGAGUUUGACCAUCCAAACAUUCUUCGACUCUUGGGUGUGUGUGCUGUGGGUAAACCUAUGUGUCUAUUGUUUGAGUACAUGGCUCAAGGUGACCUUAAUGAAUACCUACGUCGGCGAUCGCCAACCCAAUCCGUGCGCACCCUCAGCCGGGCCAGCCUAUCAGCUCGCAGUUUCUCCUCUGAUGUGGAGGCAGGGUAUCUCACCUGCCCAGAGCAGCUGUCCAUUUCUAAGCAGAUUGCUGGGGGCAUGGCUUACCUAUCAGAGCGCAAAUUUGUUCACCGGGACCUUGCAACCCGCAACUGCCUGGUUGGAGAAGAAAUGGUUGUAAAGAUUGCAGAUUUUGGGCUUUCCAGAAAUAUCUACUCAGCUGAUUACUACAAAGCUAAUGAGAAUGAUGCCAUUCCCAUUCGCUGGAUGCCUCCAGAGUCAAUUUUCUACAAUCGUUACACAACUGAAUCAGAUGUUUGGGCUUAUGGUGUGGUGCUAUGGGAGAUCUUCUCACAUGGGAUGCAGCCAUAUUAUGGUAUGGGCCAUGAGGAGGUCAUAUAUUAUGUCAGAGACGGUCACAUCCUUUCCUGUCCUGAGAACUGUCCCCUAGAGCUGUAUAAUCUGAUGCGUCUUUGCUGGAGCACACACCCAUCAGACAGGCCGAGCUUUAGCAGCAUACAUCGGAUACUGGAGCGGAUGCAUCAAAACAGCCUGAGCACUAAUGCAGAGACUGAAGCUGAACCAUAGAGAAGCAUCAUGGGAAAUCCAGAAACUGUCAUUGAGCACAAGCAUAAAUAUAAAACAUGAAUUGUUAUGGUUAAUUCUUGUUUGUCUACUCAUCUGAGGACACCAUAUCCUAUUGCUUUUAUCCCCUUUUUAAUUUUAUAUAUUUGAGGAAUUUUUGCUCCCAGUUUACAGUGUAAAGUGUUUUUUCAUUCCCACCUGCUGCAGUGCAUUAAACAUAAACAUGCUAAAUGCUACAACAGCUGUGUGGCAAAAACCACAUCUUACAUCACAGUGGUUCAGAAAAAUGCCAUAAAGUUUUCAUUUACCCCUUAAAUGACGAUUUGGAGCUAAAAGACAUGAAGCAGCGACAUCAUGACAAAAAUGGUAGCCCUAUCAUUCCUUUUAGUAAACAUUUCCAGGACAAAAUGAGUCAUGUCGCACUGGUUUUUCAAAAAAUAAAUGAGCAACUCUUCUGAACUGAUUCUUUAAAGUGCCAUAAAUAUAAUUUCUAAUUGAGCUCCAGUACUUGGUAACUGAUGUUUAUCCAGUUUUUAAUUUACCACAGAACUUGGAAGUUAGAAUUAUGUACUGUCCAUUAUUUGUACACUAUAUGGCCACAAUGUUUCAUUCAUAACAAUGACAAAAAUGCUGUUCAUGUGACGAUUUUAAGUAUAUAAAAAGUGUUGAAAUGUGUUGUCCUAUAAAAACUUAAAAGGUAGUACAUGAAUGCCUGAUUUAGUGUAACAUACUAAGUAAGGAACUGUUUUAAAGUGUUAAAAUAGGAAAGUUUAACAACCAAUGAUGCAAAUAGAAGUUUUUUUGUGUUAACUUUUCUCAGAAUUCAAUUUUUUUAAAGCAUGCCCAUUGAAAUUUCCCUCAUAGAUAUGAGAUUAUGACUUCAUAGUACAAAAGGAACUAAAUUGAAUGUUUUCCCAAAGUGUUAUCAAAGUCCUGCAUAGUUUUACUAUUUUCUUUAUAAUCAAACACACUGAUAGUCUUCAGUAAAAUCACUUGAUCAUGCUGACUUUCUAUGACUCAGUCCAAACAGGAUUUCCAUGUCAGUGCAUUUAUUAUAUGUGAAAAAUGUUUUUUUAAGAAUGUUGUUCUGGUUAUAAAAAGUAUUUGUAAUGUGCUUUGAAUAUUGUAAGCCUUUCAGCUGCUCUCUGUGCAGCUGUCUUCUACCAAGAGCUUACUGGGUUUUGUUGAUACGUUGAUAAGGACAUCAAUGCAGUAUUUGGGAUUUAAUUGAGAAAACAUUAUUAUUUUAUUGAAGUUAUGUUUUGGUAUUUAUCCUUAGCAUUGACAGCCAUUUUCUUCCAGACCAGAAUACCUUCAGAUAUUAUAAAAAAUUAAAUAAUUAUCUUAGGAUGAAAACCAAUGCUGUAGAUGCAGCUGCAUAAAUUUUUCUUGUAAAUGUUCACAAAGAACGACGAUUAUUUUAAGUGAAUUUCUCCUUAGCUAUAGCCACUUGUCAUGUACUGCUUUUUUAAACUUGAAUCACAACUUCAUGGUUAUCUUCAGUAAUUUAAACAUUUUUUAGACUUUUUUUUUAAUUUGUGGGUCUUUGACUGUUGUUUUUUUCUAUAUUGUUUAACUUUUUUACAUGUUUACUGGAGAGAGAAGCAAAGAUAAAAAAAAAAUGCAGUCAGAGUACGACAUUAAAGAUAUGAAAAAAUAAUGUUAACUUUGCCUUUACAGUUGACACUAGCUUAUUCCACAGUGGCACACAAUCACUUUCAGCUGAUUCUCAUAGCUAUGGUAUAUUAUUUUCUAUUCCAGUUUGCAGAAUUCUACUUUUUAUGCGUCUGCUGGUUUUCAUUGUUUUGUUUUUUUCUGAAAUAAUUUUAUGUAAGAGCAAAGUUAUAGUAAAUUACGUCCUUGUUGUAAAGUUUUCAAAGUGCUUUAUUCUAAUGGGGAUUUUGUUAUCCCAUCUUUAUUAGAUCAAUUUAUGGCAUUGUUUAGAAAUAUAAAAAAUUAGAAUAAACUAACAUUAAAACAUUCAACAAAGAGGUUAAAUUACUUAUCUUUAAAAAAAAAAAAAGAUAAAUCUUAUCUAAGUAAUUAGACUUUGUAUUCGGACAACUUUAUUUUGCUGAUACACAUUAUGGAUUCUAUUAAUUAGAGAUUUGCAUUAUUGUAAUACAUUUGUUUUAUAUUCAUUUGUUUAUGGCUCCAGGAUAACCAACAGGCUUACUUCCUUUAUGAUUGUUGUGUGAUACUUUUAUUUGUCAUAAUACGUAAACUGUUAUUUAAUUCCUUUAUUCAUUUUUUCAUCUUUUAUUUCUAUUAAGUAAUAUACUUAUGUAUUGCAAGUGAAUAAAGAAAUAUUCAAUUUGUUUUA